AUGAAGAUUACCGGAUUUGAGACGAUACCGAUUCAAGGUCGCGCAAUGAUCCUGAAAAUGUUCACCGAUGAAGGUGUGAUCGGCUACGGUGAACCGAUGAACUACGAGCAUUGGCGCGUCGUUGCGCAAGCCGUAGACGACAUGGCAGAAUACCUUGUCGGUAAAGACCCACUUCAAAUUGAAGCGCACUGGCAAGCGAUGUACAGAUCGAGUUAUAGCAGGAACAUGCCGGUAUUGGUCGGUGCAUUAAGCGGUAUUGAGAUGGCGAUGUGGGAUGUAUUCGGCAAAGUCGUCGGGAUGCCAGUCUGGAAGUUGCUCGGGGGUUCGGUGCGGAGGCGGAUUCGCGUCUAUACAGGUAUAGGCGGCACAACGCCUGAGGAAUGUGCAGAGAGCGCGAGAAAAGCAGUUCAAGCUGGAUUUUUGGCAGUGAAGAUGGGUGCCUCAACUCAGCCCGUACGAUUUGUGGAUACGCCGAAGGCAAUUGACACGAUGGUAGCGCGAGUGGCAGCAGUGCGCACGGCAGUUGGCGACGAGGUUGAUAUUGCCGUUGAUUUGCACCGGCGGCUAAGCCCGACGAUGGCGGUGAUUCUGGUGAAAGAAUUGGAACCGUUCCGGCUCCUGUUUGCUGAAGAACCGUGCCAUCCGGAAAAUAACGAACCCUUAUUGAUGUUGUCCCGAUCCACAACGGUCCCGAUCGCAACCGGCGAACGACAUUUGACCCGGUGGGGUUUCCGAGAGAUAAUCGAGCGUGAGAUGUGCGCGAUUUUGCAACCGGAUAUCCGACACUGCGGUGGGAUACUGGAACUGAAAAAGAUUUCAGCCAUGGCAGAAAUUCACAAUAUCGCAGUCGCUCCGCACAACGCUGCCGGUCCCAUCGGGGUCGCUGCAUCGAUACAUGUUAUGGCAACGGUGCCGAAUUUGCUAAUCUGCGAGGGUGGACACCGGCGCGGAGAAGGGUUAUUUUCGACCCCUCUGAUAUUCAAGGACGGGUUUAUCGAACUACCGACGGCACCUGGACUCGGUGUGGAUAUGGAUGACGCGGCUAUUGAAGCGGUUCGAGAUGAGACGUUUCGGUUACGUGGAAUGUUCUGGCACUCAGACGACGGGGCAUUCGCUGAUUUCUAA